AUCGAUCUUUUUGUAUAGAAAUAUUUCAAAUAUAUAUUUUUAAGAUGUUUCAAAUUGUUUGGUGUGAGAAAUAAUGAAGGAAACCUUGUUCUUAAAUAGACUUCUCAUUUUCAUCUAACGGCUCAAUAUUUUGGAGGCUUAUUAGUGUGUUAACCAAGAUAAAAUAAUGUGUCGCUAUUAGUCCUUACGUAUAUUAGACAAUAUUCUACUUCCUGUGGGCAAACUAAUCUACAUACCUAGGGCGGCUUUUUUUUUUUUUUUUGACGUUAAAAGACCAUUCUACUAUUCAAACUUGAGGUGGUCUGGAUAACCAAACCGGAAUAGAACAACCAAUAAAAUGCAACUCCCUAUGGAAAGAUCUAUCAGUCUUAGCUAAAAAAUCAGAAGUCUGAUUGCGGGGCGGCUUAUUUAGUUUAAAAUAUGUAAUAUUAUAAUAAAUAUAUACAUAAUGUGUUAUACACAUUAUGUGUAUAAUAUUAUGUUCCUUGUUCUUCAAAUUUUUAAGAUACAAUACUUUUAUGUUUAACGUUUUAUCUCUAUCUGAAUUAUAAUAUUUAGUAAAAAAAAAAAGAGUACUAAUCUAGAUUUUUGGAAUAUUCAUUAAGGAUGCCAAUAAUUUUUUUAAUAUAAUUAACAUAAAACAUACAAAUAUAAGUUUUCUAAAAAAAAUAUACAACAUUUUUGUGUAUCCAAAACAUGAAGUUGGGGCCGCCGGCUUCUGUGGGAAUUGGCUGUUUUCCUACCCAAUGCAACCAUAAUUUCUACACACCAAUCACAGAUCAUAACGUUUGCCGCAGACGAAUCUCUCUGUAAUCUCAGUACCAGAUACUCCCAAAGAUACCGACCUCCAACGGGUAAAACCAUAUGCCGCCUUUGAUCUCAGAUGAUACUGGUUCGCGGCGUUCGCCAAAGAAACUUAUAAUCUCCAAAAUAAGUGCCGGCCCGGUAAGUAUUAGGACCAGAAGCCCAAAUAAAAUUAUGGUCCGAUAAUAAAUAUGUUAAAAAAAUUAAAGUUGAUUUGUAAGGGAGCAAUUUCGAACUCAUGACUUCACGGACAACAUUACUAAUACUCAUACCACCAGAAUAUGAAGGACUUUUGGAAAUUAAAGGCCGAAUAAUAACUGCUAUUAUUCUGGGCCGGAAGCUGAAGCUUCUAAUGCUUGGUAUCAGGGCCGCUACUGUCACUCCAAUCCAACCUACUUUCUUCUUCUGAAUCACCAUGAUUUGAACAAAUAAUCCAUAGAUCGCGUUGAUAACAAAAAAAAAAGAAAAUCUUGAAACAUUGGCCUUUUGAUCGCCUUAGAUUUAUCAUAGAAGUUCCCCAAGUUCUAUUUAAAAGAACCGAUCCUCAAAACUCAUCAGAUCUUAAUAUCGAGGUCUCGAAAUAUUGGCAAGUACUAGAAAAUAUCAAUUAGAUCGAAUAUCGUUCUUUGAAUCAGCACAUUUGAACAUAUAUAUAACCCAUAGGUCCCUCUAACUGCCGUAAUUUUUUUUUUAAAAAACUUCAUCAUGUCUUCCUAAUCGCCGGAGAGAGUUUACUCACCGAUUUGAUUUUCUCUUUUAAAACAAUUUUUAUUUAGCAGACCCUUUUUUGAUAAAAUAACAGACUCGUGCUUGAAACAAGAUGAUUUUCCAACUGAAAACGAUACACUGGCGAACAACCUUACACUGGCUACCUAUUUCGAUGCGAAAGAAUGGCUAGAAGCUUAUCAAUUCACAUAACCAGACAAAGAAGAGUCAAAGAAACCAAUGGGCAAGACCCCCACCUGGAUAUGUUACAACUUAAAUGUAACUUAGAGACAAUGUGUUUGACUUUUGUAGGAGGUAUUGCCAACAUAAGUCUUUGGAUAGGAGUUAUUGUUAAAAAAGACUUCAUUAGAGCAACCGCAACGGCGGUUUAUACUCAGUCCUUAGGUGUUAAUCCUUAACUAUUAACAAUAUAAUAACAUUAUUUACCUUAGAUAAGCUAAGGAUGAGUCCUAAGCUAAGGAUUAAAAUUGGUUAGUCCUUGUUGACGUGGCAGGGGAAUUGGUUCCGUCUCUUCACGGGUUUCGCGAUUUCAUCUCAUUUGGAGUGAAGACGAGAAAAAAAAAUCAUAGAAGGCGAUAAGGCGAUAUUGGUGUCGACGGUAAAGAAGAUCAAUCAAAGGGUUCUCGUCGGUGAAAGAGGAUACUCGAAGGGUUCUCGACGGUAUCGAAGGUAAAUGGAAGGGUCCUCUUCUUGAUUUAUGGAUUUACGGUAGGGUUCAUGCUGUUUCGUCGGCAAUUAGGGUUUUAGAUUUUUGUUUUCAAUCGAUUUAUAGAAUUUUGGGAGAGAAGUUAGCGUUUGAUAACGAUUUUUGUUUGAAUCGAUUUAGGGAUUCUUUUUUUUCUAAUCAACGUUUAAAAAUGAUACAUGUUAAAAUCGAUUGGAGGAUAUUUUUUUUCUAAUAAGUGUUUGCAAAAGAUUAGUCUUUCAAUUAGGGAGUAAUCUUCUUCUCCUAUGUGCUCUGAGUCUGUUGAGCUUAUACAAAUGUUGGCGAAAAGUGCUUUGAUUAUGUGAUAUGUUUUAACGGCUCUGUUGCUCUUCUUUCAGGCUAAGGAAACAUCGGACGAUAUAGCUACAGCCAGCCUUCAUCAUUAGAGGAGUAUGAUAUAGAUAUAACAUCGCUUCUUCAAGCCGAAGCCGACCUCUACGGGGAGGAAGUUGAGAGUAGCCACCAUAUAGUAGAGCCGGUUCAGUACCCUCCUCAACCUGAGUGUGAUGAUGGAAUUCCGAAGACCUGCUACUGUGGUGGGGAGCCUGUUGUUGCAGCAGCUCACACAAGCAAAGAUAUAGGGAGAAGGUACUUCACUUGUGAGAAUGCGGAUGACGGAGAGAGCCAUAUUUGGAAAUGGUGGGAUGUGGCCGUCACAGAGGAGUUGCGUGACUAUCAGAGACAACUGAGGGAGGUUAAGGAUCAAGCUAAUGACAUUGAUGAGAGGCUUGUUAAGUUAGAGAAGAGUGUGGGGGAGGACAUUGAUGAGAAGCUUGUUAAGUUAGAGAAGAGUGUGGGGGAGUUAGCUAAGAAGAAAUUUGGGAUUGCAAAUGGCUAUCCAUUGGUUGUUAGUGUGUUGGUUAGUGUAUUAUUUAUAAUAUGUAUGGUGGUCAUGAUGAAGUGGGCUGAGGAGAAAGACAACGUCCUAACAUCGAGCCUGGUAAGCUUCGUUCCUUCUGUUUCUGAAUUAUUAUUCAUAUUUUUGUAUAAACUUGUGACUCUGUUAUCUCAUGUGUCUUCAGGAGGAGCUUCAGGAGGAACUUCUGACCUUUAGAAGGUAAUGCAGAAACAACUUCGAACUCGCUUUUCUUUGAGUAAUUAAAAUGUAUAGUUGUUGUGAUUGCAUACUAGUAAAUGUUUGUCUUUAGAAACAAAACGUAGAGUAGUUGUGUAAGUGUUUAUCUUUAUAAUAAAAACGUAGACUAGUAAAUGUUUUUCUUUAGAAUAUAAACGUAGACUAGUAAGUGUUUGUCUGUUAAAUGCUACUUAAGUGGUUUCUACCUUCCUAACUCCUCUGAGUUGAUAGGUUUAAAUGUAAGUGCAUUACUUUAUACCUUCCUAACUCCUCUGAGUUGAUAGGUUUUAAAUGCAACUUAGAUAAAAAAAGACCCUUACUUAAAGCUCUGUGAUGCUAGUAGAGUGACACAGAGCAACGUAAAGGCAUAGAUACCCCUGGUUUUGUGAACCUUCUCAAUAACCAAACUUCUUACAACCUAGAUUCACCCGAACCUGUUUGGUUUAGUACCGAGCAUGGAUAACACCCCUGUUUCUGAUCCGCCAGCUUCCAAGGAGAGGAGAAAAUGGUCUCUCAAAGAGGAUAGAAUCCUCAUAAGCGCUUGGCUUAACACGAGUAUAGACGCUGUGGUCGGCAAUGAGCAGAAGGCUCCUCAUUUCUGGAAGAGAAUUGUAGAGUACUACAACUCAAGCCCUCAUCUGGUAGGGACAAUACCUAGAGAGCUUGGUCAGUGCAAGCAAAGGUGGGCUCGGAUUAACGAGCUAGUAUGCAAGUUUGUUGGUAGCUAUGAAGCAGUCCUGAGGGAGCAGAGGAGUGGGCAAAAUGAUGAUGAUGUGAUGAAAGCUGCCCUCGAUAUCUUCUACAAUGAUUACUCCAUCAAGUUCACACUGGAACAUGCUUGGAGGGAGCUGAGGCAUGACAAGAAAUGGUGCUCCUCCUUUCUCGCUAAGGGCAAUGCGAAGGAAAAGCGCAAGCAGGCGUUGGAGGCUGAUGGAGAAGAUGCGGUGGGAGCAGGAGAGAGUAGACCUAUUGGUGUGAAGGCUGCUAAAGCUUCGCUAAAGAGGAAGAAAAAUGGUAGAGAUGAGGAGUUGGAAAAGAUUCAAGGCAUUAUGGAGAUGAAAGACAAGAUAUCUAAACGCAAAGUGCUUGAGCGUUUGCUUGCCAAAACUGAUGAUUUGUCGGAGAUGGAAACAUCUUUGACACUGAAACUGAUGUCAGAGAUGUUAUGAUGCAAAGUAAUGUUGUUUUGUUUACUUAGUUUAAAGUUGGUUUAAUGUUGUUUUAAGGUACUGAACUCCGACUUUGGCUAACACUUAUAUUAUUUGUUGUUGCAGGUAGUACAAGGUCUCAGUCACGGGUAGAGUGAAGGAAGUCACGGAGUGUUAUGUUGCAGGUGUUUGUUUUUUUUCCAGUCACGGGUGUGAAGGAAGUGUGAAGCUGUAUUUUCCUGUUUGAUGUUUUGUUGUUUUCCUAGUCACGGAGUGUAAAGUUUCACUUCUAUAAGUGAAGCUCUUUUGCUAUUUUGUAAUCUCGGCCUUGAUCAAAAAAUUCUUAUAACUAGUUGCUUCUGUUCUAUGUUAAUCAAAAAACAACUCUACUCUUUCCUACUUUGCAUACGAUCACAAGGAAGGCCAAGGAGGAUUAGCAAAAUAAUUAUUCAAACCGGAAGAUGUCAUCAUCGUCAUCCGAUGGAGUGGAAGAAAGAUUGGACGAAAUUAUCGACGAUAUCAUUGACGAAACCUACAUCAACAUUGUGGAAUCCCAACCCAAAAAGCAGAGGAAACGCGCUUACAUAGAACGAGACCGGGAAUUAGGACACAACCGAUUAUGGAAUGAUUACUUCAGCGAAGAUGCGACAUUCCCGACACAUUUAUUUAGACGUCGUUUCCGUAUGAACAAAGACUUAUUCUUGCGUAUUGUCUAUCGCCUCUCAGAAAACGUUCCAUUCUUUCAACAAAGAAGAGAUGCAACGGGGAGGUUUGGUCUUUCUCCACUACAUAAAUAUACGGCAGCAAUUCGUCUCCUUGCUUAUGGUAAUGCAGCAGACGCGGUUGAUGAAUAUCUCAGAAUUGGUGAAAGCACGGCAAUUUCCUGUUUAGAGCAUUUUAAUGAAGGAAUAAUCCGGUUAUUUGGUGAUGAGUAUCUACGAAGACCGACAGCAGAGGAUUUUGAACGACUACUCCAUAUUGGAGGGAUACGCGGGUUUCCUGGGAUGGUAGGAAGCAUCGACUGUAUGCAUUGGAGGUGAAAAAAUUGCCCAACCGCUUGGAAAGAACAGUACACCCGGGGAUCAACAAAACCGUCAAUUGUCUUAGAGGCAGUAGCUUCACAAGAUCUUUGGAUAUGGCACGCUUUCUUCGGUCUUCCAGGUACCUUAAACGAUAUUAAUGUCCUAGAUCGGUCUCCUGUCUUUGAUGACAUUAUUCAAGGUCGAGCUCCGAGGGUAGAGUACAUGGUCAACCGACACAUCUAUAAUUUGGCGUACUACCUAACAGACGGUAUUUAUCCAAACUGGUCAACAUUUAUCCAAUCUAUCUCACUCCCUCAAGGUCUUAAAGCAGAGUUAUUUGCUAAAUAUCAAGAAUCAACCCGAAAAGAUGUGGAGCGGGCUUUUGGAGUUUUGCAAUCUCGAUUUGCAAUUGUGAAAAACCCGGCUCUUUCAUGGGACCAGGAUAAGAUAGGGAAGACUAUGAGGGCAUGUAUCAUACUACAUAAUAUGAUAGUUGAAAAUGAACGAGCUGGAUACAACACUCGGUACGAUACAUCGGAAUUUGAAGAAGGAGAGGUACACAGCAGUUCACGGAUGCAUAAGUCUCGUGCUACGGACCUCCCUCCAAGCAUCACUGAAAUUCGUGCCAAUCGGGUUCAGGUUCGAGAGACGGAUACACAUUACCAAUUGAAGAAUGAUUUAAUCGAAAAUAUUUGGAACAAAUUUGGUGAUGAAAACUAAUAAUUGUUGUAUUUCAUAUUUAAUCAUGUAAUAAAUAAAUAUUUCAAUUUAAUAAAUAAAUAUUUCAAUUUAACAUGUUUUAAUUUAUUUUAAAAAUGUUUAUAAUAUUUUCAAAUUUAUUAUUUUUUUAUUCUUAAGGAUUCCUAAUGGAUAACAUCAUUGGACAUACUAAUUUGAUUAGAGUCCUUAACUAUUUAAAAAAAAAUACUAUAAUAUACUUAAGGAUUUCAAUGGUGAGUACACCAUUGGAGAUGCUCUUAGGUUCUAUCCGGUCUGGGGAGUCAUGUUUUUUAUUGAGAGAAAUUUUUUAUGUUUUGAUAAUUUGAUUAGAAAUUUAUAAUGAUAGAAUAAUCAAAUCAUAUUCAAAAUAUCCAUCAUUAUGAGUGGAGUAUUGGUGCUAACAACGUUCAAACCAACAAUAUUUCACAAAAUUACUAGCAGGGUUAAUUCAAGCGAAAAGGUUUCGUAUCCUUAUUUCUAGAUGAUAAACUUGUUUUAUAUGGUUACUAAGAUCAGAUGAAGAGGAAUUUCCUAAGAUAACUUUUUUUAUUUUAUUUUCACAAAAAGAAACCCAAAAAAAGAAAAUAAAGAGAAAAGUUUUAUUAAAAGGUAAAUACACAUAUACCUCUAGUGUUAAAUAAUCAUAAAUUUUAGGUUUAGAAUUAAGAUGUAGGAUUUUGGGGAUGGAGUUUAAAAUUAAAAUAAAAAAUAAAAAAUAUUAAAAACAUAAAAAUAAAUUGAUUUUUUAAAAAAAUUAGAAAAUGUUCGAAUUUGAAAAAAAUAUAAUUCGAAAUUAUUUAAAAAAAUUAAAUUUUUAAAUUUUUAUUAUUAUUUAUAUAUCUAUAAAGCAAUGGGUACAACGAUAUUUUGUCUCUUCAAUGAAACUUAGUUUGGUCAUUUUCUUCGUUGAUAGUUUUUUUUUUGCAUCAUAUUUUUUUAGCGUGUAAAAUCUACUAUCUCGGCAAGAUAAAUUAAUGCUACAUCAAUACAAUAAUGUUGAUGAUUUGUCAACAAAAAAGUGACAUUGCUUCUAUUGAAUUAAUCUAUUCCCAGAGGACUGACCUUUCUGAUCUCUAAACCGUAUGAGCGGCCUCAGACUCCUUUUGAGGAGUAUUUCUGUUUUACGAAUCAUUCUUAUCUCAGGACAAAUUUUGGUUUUGUCUGCCACAUUUAUCAGUGUCUUAUUGUGGUCAGCGCCAUAUGCAUUCUCGCAGUUAAUAUUGGCAUCUACAAAGAACUAUGUGGGUCUUUUAGUUUUGGACGGUAAAUGCACCAUUUAAUUUUAAUGAGCGUCCGCAUUUCUGAAGAGGUGACUAUGUUCGGGGUUGCAAUGAAGAUCCCUGGUUUCUACUACAAUAGGAUGAAGAUGCAUCCCAACAAAAUUCCAACAACGAGUCCGCCUACCGUAUGUGAAUUAGGAUUAUAUAUAGGGGAUGGUGGAACACAAGCAAUGGUAAUUUGUGAUAUUCGAACUGAUUUUGCGGAAAUCAUGUUUUAAUGCUAACCUAUUUUCUUAUCUUUUUCACUAUUACAUCCUUUUCUUUUUCACUAUUACAUCCUUUAAAAAAAAACUUCUUCGGAAGUGUCAAGAUUAGCAGAUCUCAAAGUCACAGUAAUAAGCAAGGCACAAGAAAAUAAUUGACCGAGAGAAGUCUUAGGUGCAUUAAAGAAUGUAAGUUAUGUGUCAUGUUGACAAUCUAUGUAGCCUGUUUACAUUUAUGUUAACCGUGUUUUCUGCAA